UUCAAAAAUAAAUUCAAUACUCUAGUAUUCCAGUUAUUUUACUGGACAAAAAUUCUCAUGCUUCAAACAAACAAAUCCUACAAAUAAAACCACCAAACUUGAAGGUCUAGACUGCAAAGCUGAACCAGUGAAUAAAAUAUUACAGAAAAUCUUUACCGGCCAUGGCAGGAAGAGGAGGACAAAAGAGGGCAGCUUCUGCAAGAUCUUGGGAUGUGUGAAGACUGCACAAGACGCAUCAGCCGCCACCACCACCUUUAAUUCCUGCCUCCAGCCAGCCUCCCCGAAACAUCCACCCCACAAGUUUGCCAACUCCACCGUCUCAUCAUCGUUCUCCGGGAGGAGCGACGAGAAAUCAAGCAGCCGCCGACGAACCCAGCUGCUGCAGCUAUCAACGGCAGUUGUUCGGCACCAGCAGACCAGCUAGCGUUGGGUUUGAUCCCGUCGGAUCGAUCGCAUGCGGCGCCGGCUCGACCCGUGCAUCUGAGAUCGCCGGGAGGCAUCGAUCCAUGGGGAGCGGCAAGGCAUCCUCACCAGGCGCCGUUGCCGGCGCGAGCGGUGGCCCGCCGCAGCAGCCGCCGGGCGCCGCCGUCUGCUGCAUGUGCGGCGACCGCGGCCUCCUGCCCGAGCUCUUCCGCUGCUCCGCCUGCUCCGUCCGCUCCCAGCACACAUACUGCACGGAUCGGUACCCGAAGGUGGAGUCGUACGGCACCUGCAACUGGUGUCUGAGGGUGGACGGGGGCGUGGCUGCUUCGACUUCUUCCUCGCCGAGGUCCGCCGGCAAGGCGGCCGCCCGGUCGCCGGCUGGUCACAGCGACCCCACGAGCGGCGGCGGCAGGUCGCCCAAGGUCGCCGCUCGUGGCGACUUCGCGUCGUCGAACCCGAGCAAGCCUAUAAAGAAGCAGCAGCCGCAGCACCAGCGGCUCCUGCUGCGGCGGUCGGCGUCGGACCUCGGAAGCCGCGCCGUCCGCGACGCGCCGCCCCCGUCGCCCGGCGUCGCGCGCGGCAGGCCGAGGGUCCGGAGGUACAAGCUCUUGGAAGAGGUGAUCACUAGCUAGUAGCCACAGAUGCCAGUGUGCCGUCGUGGAUGACACGUGUAUGUAUUAGGUGUUGUACGUGCAUCUUGUGUGCCGCCAUGCAUGCAUGCAUGGACGGAGGAGGUCUAGCGGUGUCCUGUGUGCGUGCGCUUAUCAGCUGCUAAUCAGACUGUGCGACGUGCUGUACAUGAGGAAUAAUACUUGCUAACGUGGAGUUCGAUAUUCGCUUGAUCGAUCCUCUCGGUUAUAGUUAACCGGCUAGCUGUUUAUAGAGUGUUCUCUGCGUACAAAUAAACUUCUUUCCUGCGAUGUACAAACUCUAAUCUCGAGAGCUUAAUCAAGGUAAUUAAAGAGAGAAGGCUUCUGUUA